UCCUUUCUGCUAUACAAAAUCAUACGUUCGUUUCAUUACGUGUUGGAACCUGCCAGCCGUAGUUUUGAUCGUAUAUCGAAAGCAUAUCCACGAGCACCUCUCUUUAGCCUAUCCCCGUCCACCUGAAGCGACGCUUCCACAGAACCUAUCCGACGAUACAGCGGAACAGUUCUCCAACAAGUCAAGAUGAAGUUUCUCGUCACCCUCCUGUCAGCUGCAGGACUGCUUGCUUCCGGUGUAUCUGCCGCGCCUCUGAAAGAGCGCGGUAUCAUCAGAGCCCGGGCCCCAGGGAUCGAUUACGAUAUCGACACUGCCAUCAAAGACUGGAUGAAAGAUGCUAGGACCCAGGGAAGAAUGGAAGUUGCCUGUGGCACUGUAGGAGGAUGGGAAGGGUGGGCGCAGCUUGAGCUCGAAACUGAAUUCAGAGCCAAAUUCAAGAUCCCAAAAUCUACGGCUAUCCGCGAACAGUCCAAGGUUUUCGAGUCAAAACAGAUAGCCGACUUCCUCCUGCCAGAGACAGCUACGAACAAAGGCAUGAUCAUCGAGCUGAAGUGUGAGAACAAGAACGCUCAGAGCGGUGAUGGAAUGCAAAAGCCGGUAGGCUCGGAUAAGAAGAAGAUCUACAACGUCAAGGCAGCCUACAAGGACCACACUUUUAUGGCCGUUGCCAUGGCGUUCACGCCCACGGCAGACAAAGCUCUCAUCAAGGUCGGAAUGAAACCAAUCCUUGAUGCCGAGGCUGACAUGGGUGGCGGAAAUACCAUGCGAGCAUACAAAGAGAAAAUGAAGGUUGGAACCUUAACCAAGGACAUGGAUAGCUUGGAAGAGGCAUUCAGAGGUCUAUUCGGUUCUACUCCUCCCGCAUCGCCACGCCCUAAGACGCCCCCUACAACCGGAGCACCGAGACCCAAGACGCCACCUCCUACCAAGAAGCCAACUGGAUCCCCGCCACCAGCACCCAAGAAGCCGGCUGGAACGCGCUAGCGGGAACCUGAACCACCAGAGGCGACGACAACACCGUGCAUAUAUCUCGAAAGGCCGUAAAGUAACUACUGCUUAGCAAACAUCAAGCGAGCGAGCAUGUCAACAAAAUCAUGCAUAUAUCUCGAAAGGCCGUAAUGUAACUCCUGCUCAGCAGACAUCGAAUAUGUUAAUAGUCUUAGCUAUCCCGCGUUUCUAGCAUUAGUAUAGCUCUCUCUGACUACAACCAAUCACAUCUUGCGAUCCGAGACCCCAUACAUAACUCAGAGCAACAUAUUCCGCCUGUUCUGUACACCUACGCACUUGUCGAGUCUCGCAAUCAAUCAAGCGGAAACCAGGAAUAUUGAAAGCGAUUGCUGGUAGUCGAUCAUUACAGUUGCCUUUGUGGUGAGUUCU